GUGAGGUACCUGCAGCCGUGGGGCGGGAUGUCUGGAGCCGGGGGCUCACAACUCCCCCUUUCCCCCGACUCCGACCGCCCGGCGGCGGGGCGCAUGCGCAAUGCCUCCCCGUGAGGGAGGAGAGAAGAUGGCGGAAGCGGAACUGAAGGAACAUUGCACUGCUAUGGAGAAUGAAUCAAAUGCAACGACGUGUUCUGCAUGUACAACUACCAUCACCACCACCUCCUCCUCUCGGACACAACCACCACAGAUAUCUGUCUACAGUGGCUCCGACAGACAUGCUGUACAGGUUAUUCAGCAGGCCUUGCAUCGUCCCCCUAGCUCAGCUGCUCAGUAUCUUCAGCAGAUGUAUGCCGCCCAACAGCAGCAUUUAAUGCUGCAGACUGCCGCUCUACAACAGCAGCACUUAAGCAGUACCCAGUUUCAGAGUCUGGCAGCUGUUCCGCAGGCAAGCCUGUCGGGUGGAAGGCAGUGUUCAUCCCCUACUGGGAGCGUCACUCAGCAGUCAAGCAUGUCACAGACCUCGAUUAACCUUUCCACCUCUCCUACACCUCCACAAUUAAUAAGCCGUUCGCAGACCUCCAACACUACUAGCAGCAGUAUAACCCAACAGACGAUGUUGCUGGGGAGCACUUCUCCUACCCUGAGUGCAAGCCAGGCUCAAAUGUACCUCCGAGCACAAAUGCUGAUUUUUACUCCUGCUACCACCGUGGCUGCUGUCCAGUCUGACAUUCCUGUUGUCUCAUCAUCUUCCUCCUCUUCCUGUCAGUCUGCAGCUACUCAGGUUCAGAACUUAACAUUGCGCAGUCAGAAGUUGGGCGUAUUGUGUAGUUCACAGAAUGGCCCACCAAAGAGCAGUAGUCAAGCUCAGUCAUUGGCUCUAUGUACUAAUAAAACCGUAACUGGUACCAAGGCCAGCCAACCGGAUUCUCCAGACAGCAACAGAAAAGGAGAGAGCCCAACGUCUGAAUGUCGAAGUACAUCUGUCACACGGACAUCAAGUAUACAUCAGUUAAUAGCACCAGCUUCAUAUUCUGCAAUUCAACCUCAUUCUCUAAUAAAACAUCAGCAGAUACCUCUUCAUUCACCACCUCCAAAGAUUUCCCAUCAUCAGCUGAUAUUACAACAGCAGCAAGUUCAGCCAAUCACACUUCAGACUCCUCUUAAUCAGGAACCACCUCCAUCACAACACUAUGUUCCACUCCAAAGCCAUGGUCUUCCUCCAGUUUCCAAUAGUGUCCAGUCACAACAUUGCUCACCUGUUCACAUCCAUCCUCCUCCUUUAACAAUAUCUCCUACUCCAUCAUCGUCAGCCCAGCAGUCAGUAGUGGUGUCUCCUACACCUGCUCACUCACCUAGUCAGUCUCCCUCCAUAAUAAUUCAUCCACAAGCACUUAUUCAGUCGCAACCACAUCCUCUUAUGCCAUCAGCUCUACAGUCGGAGCAGAACCCACAGCAGCCCACUACUAGUCAAGUACGACCAGUAGCACAACAGCUUAAUCUUCCAUCCCAUCUUACAGUUCCACCUUCCCCAGUAGUACACAUUGGACCAGUAGAUCAGCCGAACUUGAUGUCCCCGGGCCAGCAGACAGUGUCUCCAACACCACACCAGCAAUAUCCAACCUUACAGUCCAUGCCACUCCCAAUUGCAACCCCUCCACAGCUGUCGACAUCUCCAACCCAGAUUCAACAACUGCCCUUGCAGUCUGUGCAAUCUUUACAAAUGCAGCCUGAAAUUCUAUCCCAGGGCCAGGUUUUGGUGCAAAAUACUUUGGUUUCUGAGGAGCAGCUUCCUGCUGCAGAAGCUUUGGUCCAGCUGCCAUUUCAGACUCUUCCGCCACCACAGACUGUUGCAGUAAACCUUCAAGUACAACCAUCGGUACCUGUUGAAACCCCUGUGAUUUACCAAGUGGAGAACAUGUGUGAGGAAGAGAUGCCAGAGGAGUCUGAGUGCAUCCGUAUGGUUAGAACCCCUACCCCACCAACCUUGUCUCCACCAGUCAUAACCUUAGGAAAUGGCGAGGAGCUUGCUUCAGAGGCACCGUUGUCAGAACAAGUGGGACUUCCUGCAAUGGCAUCAUCAGUCAGUGCCUCAGUAAUUAAAUCUCCAUCAGACCCUUCACAUGCCUCUAUUCCACCACCACCUCUUUUGCUUCCAGCAGCUGCCACAAGGAGUAACAUCACAUCAAUGCCUAAUAGCAUCCCUAGCCUAGAAAACAGACCUCCACAGGCUAUCGUUAAACCACAGAUCUUGACCCAUGUUAUUGAGGGCUUUGUGAUUCAGGAGGGUUUAGAGCCAUUUCCUGUAAGUCGUUCAUCUUUGCUGGUUGAGCAACCUGCAAAAAAAAGGCUCCUAAUCGAGGGUCAGGUCAUGAGUGUCAUGUGUGUUGAGUCAGAGCUGCAGAACAAUACAAAACAUGCAGAGAACUCCUCAGACACAGAGAUAGAGGACAUAAUUACUGAAGAGGGACUAGAUGAAAUGGAAAAUGAUCUCCUGAAGUGUGAGUUUUGUGGAAAAAUGGGAUAUGCUAAUAAAUUCCUACGGUCAAAGCGAUUCUGCUCCAUGUCCUGUGCCAAAAGACACAACGUUAGUUGCACUAAAAAAUUUGGGCUGUUUACAUCAGACAAGAACAGUCGUUGGAAUCGGAAGUCAGAUAGCCAAAGUCUUGGACGAUGUGCGCGUCGACCAAGUGGCUCUGAUGGGGUAUCACGAGAGCACUUCCUUAGACAGCUUCCAAUUACUUAUCCAUCUGCAGAAAAUGAUUUGGCUUCUCAUGAUGAUGCUGUGCCAGCUGCCAUGACCACUCGUCUGCGAAGACAAAGUGAGAGGGAAAGAGAGCAUGAACUUAGGGAACUAAAAAUUAGGAAAAUGCCAGAGAAUGUUGACUUGCUACCAUCUGUACAAGCUGACCCAUCAAUGUGGACAGUUGAUGAAGUUUGGGCCUUCAUACGUUCUUUGCCUGGUUGUCAAGAUAUUGCAGAUGAAUUUAGAGCACAAGAGAUUGAUGGACAGGCCCUUCUCUUGUUGAAAGAGGAUCACCUUAUGAGUGCAAUGAACAUUAAGCUGGGACCUGCACUGAAAAUUUGUGCACGCAUCAACUCAUUGAAGGAGUCCUAGUGGGAAGCUUUAGACAGUAGCCUCUCUCUAACAGACUGAUACACACUAUGGCAUACCUAUUACUGUGAUGUUUUGUUAAAUACCUUUUUUUUCCACAUAAAGACUUUAAAAUUUACUCCUCCAGCUGUAUCAUAUAAUCCUCCAAAACUUCCAGUAAUUAGCAGAUGUAUAAGCAAUGCUGGGGAAUCGUUAGAAUAAAGCAGAGGGUGAGGUAGGAUGAAUGGCACAUACAAAAUGUAAUAUGUUGUGGUGGAUGAUACUAUUCUCCCCCACUCCCCCCCCAACCCCCCCCCCCAUGGUCUGUAUCAUACAAGAUUAAGGUUUUUUUAACACAAUCUGAUCAUCAUUUAAAUUAUGUUCAGAAAAACAGAUUUUCCCACAGAAGCAUUUUUUAGACUAUGGAAUAACAGAAGAGUCCACAAAGUCUGUGGAAGCACUUAUUAUGGUAAAAUGCUAUGCAUUUAGACAUGCUUUCUGAGUUUUGUUUAGUCUUGAGCAUAUCGUUUGAAGGGAAUUUGUAACAAACCUCUUCUUAUAGCCUAAAGCUUAUCUGUAUGCCAUUGUAGUAUUUUCUUCGUUUGGAAGCACUCUGUAAAAUGUAGGAUGUUCAUCAUAAUCCUGACAUUCGCAAUGGUAGAGCUACUGACAUGCAAAUGGCAUGACACUCUUCCCAGAGAGUACUGAAGCACACACAUUACUUUUGUUGAUUGUAUGCUGGUAUGCACAAAGAGGGCAUUAAGUUGUUAUACUUCUAGUUUGCUUGCUGCUAGUUAACCUAGACCAAUGCACACUUGCUGGUUAAAAGAAAAGAAUUGGUCAAAGGUGUGCUGAUACUUGGCUCCUAUUUCACAGAUGACCUUGAAGAGCAAAUGGGACCUGCAGAAAAAUGUGUAUUUCCCUUUCCUUCAGUAGAUAUAACACUUUGUUUCUAUCAGCAGACUUUCUGUCGAUAUCUACAGAGGUCAGCAUUAGAACCACUGCAUUUAAUUAUAACUUCUUGAACUGACUCUAUCAAAAGAUUCUGUUCUGAUAUUUUCUAUCCGCCUCUGAAGCUGGAAGUUAGGAUUGCCCAAAGUUACCUACUAAUGCAAAAUGUAUUGGUGAGAGUUUAACACCCUGUGCGGCACCAAAAGAUUUAGAAAAAUACACAGCCAAAAGCUGGGUUUUUUUGCUAAGCACUUUUAGAUUUACUUUUUUCUGCACCCCUGAUGGUGUGGGGAAGAGAGUCUAAUCUGGCUAAUCACAGUGUGGUUAAAUCAAACUCCUCAACUGAGAGUGCACUGUACUGAAUUUGGUGAUGUUCAUUUCAGUGAUAAAAUAAUGUAUACUUUGAGUUCUCCUUAGCUGUCCUUUUUUUUUUUUUAAUCUUAUCUGUGCUGGUUUGAUAAGCUAGUAGACGACUAAAUAUAUGUUGAUAGUUAUCUCUUGGAUUUGUCAAAACUAGAGAGGGUUGAUUAUGCAAAAAUACUACUUGGUUAUUUUUUAAUCUUUGUCUGAUUAUUGUGUUUUUUGUUUGGCAAUGUAGAAAGUACAUGUGUUACACAUGUAAUUGAUAAUGAUGUUAGAAAGUGUGAUCUUAUAUUGUGAGGCUUAUAUCCUAGAUCUACAGUUGUUUAUAGUGUUACAUGCAUAUUAGUUUGGUUAUUGUUUUAAUCUUGAAUUGUUGGACAGUUUUCAGAAAAAACACUUCUACAGUUAGCUGAGAUAGAUAGAUAGAUAUAGAUAUAUCUAUCCAUCAGCUAUGUCAACAAGGAUUUUUAUAUAUAUUAGCCUUUAUAUGUAUAAAUCCUUGUUGAGUAAUUAUUGACAGACUGCCAAGAGCUCAAAGUAACCCAGAUUUCUGUACACGUUCAUUCUGGCUCUUUUGCUGAGGUACACUUUUAUACAUAAUUCCUUAUAGAGCAGGGAGAGCCACAAAACACUAUGUAUGCUUUAAAAUAUCAUGGAUUGGAGAACUGGGGAUUGUAGGCCUGGUCCACACUUAAAAUUUUUGCUGCUUUAACUAUGCUAGCAUAAUUAAAGCAGUGCAAACAAAAAAACCUAGUGUAGAUACAGUUAUAUUAGUAUAAAAAUAUUGCUUAUUCUGGUUUGGCAAAGUGCAAUAAGCUAUCUUGGAACACAGUAAUUAAUAUUGGUAUAACUGCAUACACGCUGGGGCUUUUCCUGGCACAAUGUAUUCAGUAAGUCCAUUUUUUUAAUUGAUGCUGCUUCAAAACUAGUUGAUCAAAAAGGAAGAGAAGCUUAUGGUUUUCUCUAAUGUGUGUGGUUUUGGAGUAUUUUUUUUUAAUCAUUACUAUUGAAUGUUGAUUGGGAUAUGGGGCUGAACAGAGCUCUAAAUUAAUAUUUUUCAGUCUUAGAUGUUAUUUAUUGUUCCUAUAGAAGUAAUUGUAAUUUUUAAAAAAGUCACUUUUGCACAAUAAGCUAUAGUUUCAGUUUGGAAAUAUUUUAAAGAGAUUUAAAAUAGAAUAAAACUUCUACAUAUUAAGAGGAAUUAAUAUGGGUAUAAGUCAUGUGACUUCCAUUAGAGCCAGUAGACUCUGUGUGGUUAUAUCCCUGCAGAUUGCUUUGAAAAUGUGGGGGCAUUUAAAAAAGUUUAAUCCCAGUAUCAUUUUCAGAUUCUUCUAUACAUUGAAAUGUUAGACCCAUGUUUGAGGGGUGUUAUUGCAUCUUCAUACUAACAAAAGCUUUAUUGUUUUCUCAUGUGGAAGGCCUUUUAAAAGACAACUCCAUUAUUUUGAUUGAAAGCAGUAGGAUGCACAUUAAAUAAAACCUUCCCACUGUACAUCAGGUUAAAGUGUUAGAAUACCAAUGACUUACAAAUUAAGAGUAAGAGGGCCUGUUCCAACUAUCUCUGGAGACAAGGGAAGUUGUAUUGAGCCCUACGUGUGUAAUAAUUGUGUGGAACCAGAGGAGAGAUUUUUGUGUUAUAAAGGCUCUAUACGUUUUUGGACAUACUCGUAUAUUAAUUUGUAUUCAUUAUGCAGUAGGUCCUGUCAACACCUACAUUCAAGUUGUGAGUACAGUUGUUAUAGUAGGGUUUUUACGAGCAUUGUUUGUUUAUUUACUAUUGUGAUAACUUACGAGUUAGUUGUUUUGUGCUUUAUUUUGCUAAAAGAAUGUACCUUUUGGCAUUUAGAGGUUGGUCUAGCACUCUUUGAAAGUUGAUUCCUCUUGACUUCAGUGGGUGCUGGAUCCUUCAGGGAAGCUAAACAGAGAAAGAUUUGAAAGUGCCACUGAACUGUGCACUACCAAAUAAUCUUAAUUUAGUAAGUCAAGAAAUCUCACUGUUAGUAUUUGCAAGUCUUUUCUCUUAUUUGUUGAAGAUUUCUCUGUAUAUAUAUUUAUAGUGAAAUAAGUUAUAGUUUGAGCCAGGUUUUGCAGUGUGCUUAUCAGGUAAGUUUGAGCCACAAGGUAAGAACGUUUUAUCAGUUUUGCCAAAAAUGUCUUUGUAAACAUGAUUAAAAGGUCAUUUCCCCCCUGUUUGUUUUAAUGUAAUUUAGAGAACAUGGCCAAGUAUAUUUUUAAAGAGAGAGGGGAGUUUCACUAUUUUAAUGGCAAAGGUGACUAAAAUUAGAUACGUUAAUAUUUGUCUUGAAAGAUUAAGGGAAUUAGUCAAUGCUGGCAUAAGCAAAUUCAACUCUAUAGAGUUGUAGCUGUUUAUGGAAGAGAAGAAUAUGACUCUAUUUGUUUAAUUUGUGUUCUCAGUGCAUUGCAAAUACUAAAAUGUUCUGGAUUUUAAGAAAUUAUUAUAUUUGAGUGAGAGAAAUAGUGCUGUCUUCUCGUACCACACAUCUUAAGGAGAAGUUUUAAACUAUGCCAGAUUUCCUCCCCAAGCAUCACCACAGAGAUUAAAAAAUGCGAUAUUUACAUCAUGAGUGUAGGCUGUGUGCACCAGUGCCUCUUGUGUAGUGGUUAGAACAAGGGACUGAUCAUUAGGAUCUCUGGGUUCUAUUCAAAUCCCUUACAUUAAAAUCGCUGUGUAACUUUGGUUAACUUCUCUACACUUCAGUAAAAACUUCUAUAACGUGAGUGUAAUAUUAUGGGGCAAAUUAAUGUUGAAAUGGUGACAUUUUGAGAAGAAAGAUCAUAUAUAAGCAGCAUAUUAUUUAAAUUUUUCAAUAAGCUUGCAGUUCACUUGGAGUUGACAUAGAUAUGGAUUCAGCUUUUCCUAAAACACAUGCAUAAGAAUCAGUGGUGUGAAUAUAUUUCAAGAGAAAUUGCGAGGAUGAGUGAAAAUUUUAGACUGACUUCCAGUGCAAGCUGCUUGCUGCUAAAUUAUCCAAAAUGGCAUCUAGAUAUGAAAUAGACAUCUAGAAAUGGAGCCUUUUGAAGAGAUUUUUAUAUGAAUGAUAAUUUGAGCACAGAUAUCUUAGUACAAUGAUUAUAAAUAUUAAAUAAGUACAAUGUUUAAUUCAUACUUAACGAACAUUUUUAAAGUACUGUAUUCUUAUAUAGCUGUAGUAGGAAAGUACAGCAUUGUUAACACAUAAUAAAUCAGGAUAUUUCAGCCUCCUGAUGAGGAAGUAGGAAUAGAAGCACAAAAAUAAUUGACACAAGUAUAGAAUGGUCUAUUAUGUACAACUGCUCUGCAGAUGAAACCAGUUUGACCCAGGAGAGAUGUGGGUUAGCAUUGGUAAGAAAAAUAAAAGGUUUAUUAAUAAGUACCUAAUAUUUCCAUUUGGAGAUGAAAAGCAAAUAGAAUAUCUCAUUAAAGAGCAGAUUUACACUGUCUCAUCUGAGUCCAUUCAUUGGUUUCUUAAUGGAAUCUAAGAUGAGAUGGGUACAGAAGAGUCUUAAUAAGGGUAGCACCUUCAUCAUCAUGAAUUUAUUGGAUGUUGAUGAUGAUAGUUAGAUGACUAUACAGCAUUUGGGUGGCAUAUGGCCUGUUAAAGGAGGACUUUAAUGCUGACACAAGCAUGCACAUUAAGUAAUGCACAAAGCACAUUAUUUGGCAGUGAUUUUUCUAUAGUUAUUUUGCCAGGAUUUGAAAUAUUUGCAGUUACCACCUUCUCAACAUAGUUUCUCUUCCUAUUGGAUUCUGCAGCAAAUCUGUAAUCCUGUUAAUCAUAUCCAGGACCGGCUCUAGGCACCAGCAAAGCAAGCACGUGCUUGGGGCGGCACAUUUCCAGGGGCCGCAUUCCGGCCAUCCUUUUUGGGGGGGCAGUUGCGCUCUCAGAGCUGCGCCACUUAGAUGGGCGCCCACAUCCGCAGCAGGAAGGGGAAGCCCUAGCCCCGGGAUGCUGAGCUGCCAGGGCCCAGCCGCUACCUGGGGAGAAGAGGGCGAGUCCUGCCGGGGAGACGGGGCUGCGCAACCUCAUCUGCGCACUGGCUGCUGCGCUGCCUUGUGCCACCCCUUAUAUCGGGGCUUCUCUGCACGGCUGGGUGGGGGAGGGGGUAAAGCCCCUGCAGGCGCUGGGAGAAGGUGACAUCACUCCCUCUGCUUCCAGUGCUGCCUGUGAGCCCCAGCCCCACCUGAGCUUGGGGCGGCAAAUUUUUUGCUUGGCGCGGCAAAAAACCUAGAGCCAGCCCUGAUCAUAUCAUGGUGUGCGGCUGUAUUGUUAUAUCAAAGAUGCAGCAUUAUAGCUUUGCUGUAGUAUCAGCUAAGAGAAGAAGGUGGGCUAUAGAGAGAAGAUCCUUUAUUUGAACAGAUAUCUUAUGGAAGGGGUAAUGGGAUACAGAUAGUUUUACCAUAAAACGCUGGGAUUCAACUAUGAUUUAAAAAAAAAAUCAUUAUCCUUGAGCUGGUAUCCUACAUGACAUGAGUCUAUGAUUUCAGUCUAGGGUAUAGUGAACAAUUUUUCCACAUUCUAAUUGCUUUCUUUAAAUAAGAAGACAAGGAUUAAAUGGGCAUAAAGAGAAAACUACCAUUUCAUAUUUAAAGAUGGUUCCUCCAACACUGGGUUAAAGCACAGUAGGAGGAUGGUAUGUGGAAGCUUGUCUUCCUACUAUUAUCUAUUCAGUGGAUACAUUGGCAACACUGAAGGUUGAAAUCCUAUCUGAUACCUUUUCCCAAAGUGUAUGGGUAAAAUAAAAAGAACUAUUCUAUUUUAAAGUUUUCCAAAUCUUGCUUUAAAAGUGUUCUUUGUAAUAUAAUGUUUGUGAAUUGAAAUUGAUUUGCUUUGAUGUCACGUUUUCCUGUAAAAAUUGCCAUUAGCUUUAAAAUGAUUGCAGCAAAUAUAAAGAAUGCUGCCAUCUCAGGACAGAAAAAAUGCGUAUAAUGUACUAUUAGAUCUAGAUUUUAAAAACCAAAUCCGACUUGUCAAUAUGUUAGCAACCUUAUCUAACUUUUUACAAUUUCAUCUAUAGUUCCAGUUCCAUUUGAGAAGUUGAUGUUUCAGAAUUGUUAUUGGACUAGAGAUUAGAUUAACCUCAUUAAACAGGAGCUGCUAAAAUGGAUGUGACAGGACAUAACCUUAUAAUCUCCAUCUAUUGUCAUAUGAAGUUAAAAUGAAGUAUUUUCAUACAUAUACCUGUAGAUUCGGUAAAGUUUUACUUAUUUCAUUAUCUUUUUAAAUGCCUGGUGCAUGAAUACAUUUGAGAUAUAUGCUGAUUUUUAAAUUCCAUUGGGUUUUUGUAAAUAUUUUAUCAGCCCUUUUAGGUGUGUAUCCAGUUUAUAUAGGCUGACGAAACAGUGUUCAGAAAUGUAGUAGGGCAGGGUUUGCCCUAUAUCUUUUCAAAUAGUAACUAGAAAUUAAAUGUAUUGGUUGGUGUUUUUCAGGGUUGUUCUUGAAGGUAUUUUAGUUAUUUUCCUAUUUUUAACAUAAAAUAUAAUAACAUUUCCAUGCUGUGUAAAACAGCAUAAGGGAUGAAGCUGUGAUUGUGGUGCCAAACAUUUCAAACUACAUAUUGUUAACUAUUGCCUUUUCCUAUUUGCACUAGUUCUUAAAAUUCAACUGUUUGUUGGUAAUUUAGCAAAUGACACCAGUCAUUUCACUUGCUUUUUAACCAUACUUCCCCCAACCAUUUUGCAUAUGUUUAAAAUUUUGCUCCUCCUUUUGGUUACAUCUUUAAAAAAGGACACUUUGGUUAUUGAAACCUCAGAAAGAUGUGGCACGCGGUGGAUGAGAGAAGCUUUAUGCAAGGUAAAGUCAUGUAUUAAAACUGACAAUUGGACUUUGUUUGCAGAAACAAAUUUUAGAUUAAUAUAUAUAAAGAGAAUGAUAUGUGUUUGUUCUUUUCAUGGAGUGAUAUCAUACUGGAUUCUUCUUUACCAAGAAGUUUUAGCAUAUGUAGCAUCAAAUUCAGCACCUAGAUCAAUGUCUAUAAUUAAAAUGUAAUAUCAGUGUCUAUAAUUAAAGUGUAAUAAUGUAAAUGUUAAUCCAAAAAUUAAGUUAAAGAAAUUUUAGAGUUGAAGAGCACAGUGAUCUAUGUAAAAUAUUAUGUUCACUUUGUGUAUCAUUUUCAAAGAAAAAGCACUUUCCUAUUAGCUAGCAUGUGAAUGAAUUAUAGAUUCUCAUAUUUGUUAGUCUGUAACAGAGUGAAGUAAAAUUUACAUUUAACAACAUGUCUGUGAAUGGAUAAUCUGAUUAUACAAAUGUUGAAUCAAAGCACCUUAUACUAUGCUGCUUAAAUUUGUUUGUAAUUGCACCUUUUGUUAUCGGCACAUUUUUUCUUAUUGAACAUUCUUGCGUGAUAACAUUGCUCCCUGUGGGUCUAAGUGGAAAAUUAGCCAACCUACAGCAUCCUUUACUUAUAUCAUUAUAUUUCAAUACUAUGUUGUAUUGUGAGUUCAGUGCUUCAAAAAUAAAAGCUACUUCCAUUUGUUUA